UCGUCUGUCUUUAAUAAUCAGGAAGAGGAACUGGACUGGUAGCUAAAUCGAACUUCGUAUGUGUUUGUAGUUCGUCGCUUUCCUUUAAAUAUACUAACAUAAGCUAUUAUGAUACAUUUAAGGUUUAUACCUCUGCUGUUGACUUUGUGGGCUGUUUCUUUUGCCCAUGACAAUGAACAUAAAUCUGGCAGUACCACUAAACCACCCGCUUCCACUAUUAGCAACAGUACCGAAAAGUCUAAAAACAGCGUUACAACAACCAGCAACAAAAUGGGUUUGGAUCGUCUUGAUGGUGCGAUGAUUAAUAGGGCUCUGUAUGUUUUGAUCGGGAUAACGGCAAUUGGAGUCCUGUAUUUCUUAGUGAGAGCGGUCCGUAUGAAGAAAACAGGUGUUCAGAGAAAGAAGUACGGGCUUCUUUCAAACUAUGAUGACACAAUGGAGAUGGCCCAUCUUGAAAGCGAUGAGGAUGACACUACUGUCUAUGAAGCCAAAUCUUUGAGAAGAUGAAUCUCUUGAUGUGUUUGACACUGCAGGGAAAUGUGAUCCCAAACGUGAGAAUCCCAUUAUCUCCACCAAAAUGGUUGCUGAAUUAUUGCUGAUUUCAAUGACCAUGAGAGGACCUAGUCCGGAUUCUUGGAUGCCUUUUUUCCCAAGAUUUAAAUGGAACGUGGGUUUAAACUAGACCAAUACAUUUUGAACUGACAUGACCAACACAAUCUUCUUGGAAGUUUUUCAGAAGGUCAUAAAUUGUUCUGGUGUGGGGGUAAAGACAAAAAGGUUAGCAGAGGAUCAAAACUGUGUUUUGUGCCAAAGUUACUUAUGCAUCAUUUAUUUAAGGGGUUUGAACUCUUGACUGAGUUGUGUAAUAAUCAAUAUUGUUAAAAAUGCCCCUCAUUUCUCAUUCAAAAUCACUGAAAACCCCAAAAGUUGUUUGCUAAUUUAUGAUUAUUAUUGUUUAGAGUGUGUUAAUUUGUUAUUGUUUUAGGUGAACCUUCAUAUUAUGAUAGAAAUUUUGUUUUUUAGAAACAUAUUUUCUUUACUGUCUUUAUUUGUUCUUUCUUAAUUUCUUUCUUUCCCUGUACCAGAACUACAUUGGGUAUUAAUUUUAUAAUGAUUUCUGGACUAAGUGUGAUCAAUGAAUACAUUUUGUGUGUAUGAAUUUGCCAAAUACCAGCCUAUGUAAGAGAAGCACUUUGAGUUUUAGGGUUUAGACACUAAAGCACCAAAACAGCCAGUCAUAAUGUUUAUGACUUAGCGACACUCCUGACCAUUUCACAGUUAGUUUGAUACUGAAGAUUUGAUAAUUGUGAGGGCUUUUUGUCUUUCGAGAUUAAGCAUUCCCACAUUUUUUUCAUUCCAAACAUAUUUUUCAUUUCAAACACUUAGUAUACAUUCAAAAGUAUUGUUCCAACUGGAUUCAUAUAUGAAAGCUGCAUGCAUUUUCUUUGUGUGUUGUUAAGGCGACAAAUGAAUGUUCUGUAAAACAAGUAAUCUCUGAUUACAUGAAUCAAACUACAGCAGUUUCAAUUUUGCAACUUGAUAAUUUAAGGGUGAUUGAGGGCAUUAGUGAUGGUUUUCCUUAAACACAUUUACUGGCCUAUUAAUGGUGUCAAAUUGAAAUGCAUGACGUAUCACUGUAUCAAUAUUUAAUGUACAUAAUUCCAGUGAUUCCUGAAGUGUGCCUUUCAUUCAUCCUUUUUGUAGUCAUUUGACUGGAUGUGAUUUUGGCUUUUUGUAAUAAAAUUCUUUUCGCUAUUUUCA